AUUUCCACUUCGGUUUUUGUCUCGACUGCUCUUCAAUGGCGUCGAUGAGCUCAUCCACCUCCGUCCUUGAUCCUAGAGCUCUAGUCUCAUCCUUCUACUCAAACCCUGGAUCCCGGUUCCCCGCUUCCAUGCUCCUGUGUGCAGGCUCGCCCCAGCUGAAUCUCAGGGCACCGCUGACUUCUCGGCGUGCUUCGGUGUUGAGGACGACGGGUAGGGUGGCGAUGGUCAGGGCUAUGGCGACGGAUGGGGAGUAUUCAUCGAAGAGGAGCAGUAGUAGCGAACCCAGGGAGACUAUCCUGCUUCCCGGCUGUGAUUACAAUCAUUGGCUUAUUGUGAUGGAGUUUCCCAAGGAUCCAGCGCCUACUCGCGAGCAAAUGAUCGAGACUUAUCUCAAUACCCUCGCCACAGUGCUCGGCAGCAUGGAGGAGGCCAAGAAGAACAUGUAUGCUUUUAGUACCACUACUUAUACUGGCUUUCAGUGCACGGUAUCUGAAGAAACAUCAGAGAAAUUCAAGGGAUUGCCAGGUGUUCUCUGGGUACUCCCAGACUCCUAUAUUGAUGUGAAAAAUAAGGAUUAUGGAGGUGAUAAGUACAUCAACGGGGAAAUAAUCCCUGGCAAAUACCCUACUUAUCAACCGAAACAACGCACUUCAAAAUAUGAGAGUAAAAGAUAUGAAAGACGCCGGGAUGGCCCUCCACAAGACCGCAGAAGACCAAAACAAGAAACUCAGCCUAAUACAACUUCUUAAUUUGGUAACUCUCAAUCUCGUAUUUGCUCAGAAGUCUAGCUGCUGUUUACUUGCUCUAUACUCUUUUUUGUAUUGGAUCAAUGAAGAAGAACAGCCACUCAUUUGAUGUUUAAUGGUCCUUCAUAUCCAAUAUAUCUUUUGAUGCUUUGUAAACCUGAAUUGGUUCUUUAUGUAUCAAUUUAGCAGAACUAUUGUAAUGUUAGGGGAUACUGUCAGCUAAAUGCAGAAUUUUCUUUCAUAUAAGAAUCUCUCAA